AUGAUGAAGGCUGCUUGUUGUUCGGAGUCAGCGGCGGCGCCUCCACCAAAGUCAAUAUUAAAAACGCCAGCGGCACCACCCAAUGAAGCUGCGCCGCCUCCUCCGCCGCCGGAGCCUCCAAAGAAAGUCGAGUUUGCACCGCCGCAACAGCCUCCCAAUGAAAGCGUACACCCACCCGCGGCCAAUAAUGAAGUUGCUCCGCUUGUUGAUCCGCGCUCCGGUCACUGCCACGGCCGCGCGUUCCACCCAAUCGCGCACCCGUUUCCGCCGCCGGUCCACAUGAGAGGGUGUUGGGAAGACAUCGACCCGCCGCUUUCGAGGAUUCCGAGGUUGGAAAACAUUGAUGCGCAGCUUGCAAGGGGAUAUAGGCCGAAUGAGUUCUACUACGAUGCCCAUUACUAUGGGUAUCCGCCGCCGAGGGAUUAUUACAACCACCGUCACCGCCACAGACGCCACAACUACCACUAUGGACCGCCGCCAAUGGAAUACGACUUCCACCACCACCCACGCGGUGGACCGCCGCCUAUUGAAUACGACUUCCACCAACACCGCCGCGGUGGACCGCCGCCUAUGGAAUACGACUUCCACCACCACCGCCGCGGUGGACCGCCGCCUAUGGAAUACGACCUCUACCACCACCACCGCAGUGGACCGCCGGUACCACCACCACCACAUGCGUAUUGCCCAUAUAAUUACUUUAGUGAUGAGAAUCCCAAUGGUUGUAGCGUUAUGUGA